UCCACCGCUCCUCACAUCCUGGUUUGUCCAACGCGAGCUAACCUUGGAUCUUUGUUCCCUCAGUCAUCCACAUGCAUCCUAUACCAAAUACAAGUGUGUUGUUUGCACUUCUAUUCUUUUCAUCUUGACAAUACCUUACUGCUAUCACCUUCAAUGUCUGCUGUGCUUUCAAAACCAGAGCAAUAACCUAUUCUACUGUUGGCCCUUUCAAGUUCAGGUCCUUUCUCAUUUCCUUCCUUCUUUGGCUUCAACUUCAUAAACUUCUACUUUCUAGAUGAAGAUGCAUCUAUUCUAUUCCUUAAACCCCAACAAAAUUUCCCACCAGUGUGAGAAGUAGCCAAUUUCAGUUCUUUCACCAACCUGCUCCUGCCACACGAGGAAGACUCGGCUUCUCCUGGCGACUGCCUUACCUAUCACAGCAUCUCAGACAUGCAGGAAGAAGAGACAUACGCCUCACUUCACUGGGAUGAUCCAACACCAAACCCUUACCAGAAACAUCUAUCUUCCACUAAAUAUUCAGGAACGUGGUAUCUUGUGGUGGUGAUUUCAUGUGUUUUCUGCGUGGGCUCAGUAACAACCUCUAUUUUCCUGGGCAUCAAGUUGUUCCAGGUGUCCACUAUUGCUAUGAAACAGCAAGAAAAACUCAUCCAACAGGAGAAAGCACUGUUGAAUUUCACACGAUGGAAGAAAAACCAUAAUCUUCUGAUGAAAGACUGCCAAACCUUGAUGCAAAAUGCUUUCACUUCAGUCCAUAACUGCAGCGCUUGUCCAGACAACUGGAUUCAGAAUGGUGGAAGUUGUUACUAUGUCUUUGAACAAUGGAAAAUCUGGAACACCAGUAAAGAGGACUGUUUGAAGGAGGGCUCUACUCUUCUACAAAUAGACAGCAAAGAGGAAAUGGACUUUAUCACUGGCAGCCUGGUGAAGAUGAAAAGAAGCAAUGAUUACUGGGUGGGACUGUCUCAGGAUGGUCUCAGCAGGCCUUGGCUUUGGCAAGAUGGCUCUGCUCCUCCCGCUGACCUGUCGCCAAUACAGACACGCCAGUCAAGUAACCAACUCUGUGGAUAUCUCAAGGACAAGGUCCUUUCUUCUGCUAACUGCAGCAUUUGGAAAUAUUUUAUCUGUGAGAAGUAUGCAUUAAGAUCCUCCGUUUGAACAAAAUUGUACUUGCAGUGAUCUAUUACAACGGUGUGUUGAUCAGGCCAUUGGAAUAUCUGCCACAAAAUUCCAAAGAGCAAGUGAAGUAUGCCUAUGUGGGGGCUAUGAAACUACCCACCUGGGACUCAAAACCUAUCUCUACAUUUAUCCUUGGCAGUUUUCUUCAAUGUUUUCCAGACCUUCAAUUGACAUUGUGUAAGUUGUCAAGAAUAAAACUGACUUAGAGCUACUGAGAACAAAAUCCUAAAAACUGAGCACAAACUGAAGAAAACUCAUAUUCUUGUGCUUUUUUCCCCAAGUACAGAGCAACUAUAAACUCCACACAAAAAUCUAUAAACCCCUGGGGAGGUGAUGCAUUUCUAGCUGACUGGCUUUUUUUUUUUAAUAAAUAAGUAAAUGUAGGCCUUUAAAGUCUCUGCCUGCCAGAUCUUUCUAUGCAUUUUCUGGGCGUCCAGGCAUUCUGCUAUUGAACCUGUA